CUUCGCAGUGGCACCUCAGGCACUCGGCCAGGCAACCCUCUCACUGGAUGGAUGGAGUCAUACGAGCCUACAGUGAGCAGUACUAGCAGCCUGACAUCCAAUGAGAGCAGGGAUAUCGCGUCGACAACGAUGCUAAAAAUGAAAAGUAAUAUUAAUAAAGCAAUGGCAAAAAAUACAUUUAAGGAACCCAUAAAACUUGCUGAAGACUAUCUUUGUUCUGACCAGUCAAUGAAAAGAACAGGAAAUGACAUUAUCAUCUAUAACUGCACUGGCCGGAUGAUGCAACAGCCUGCAUCAGCAGGUAUGUUCUGCCACCAUUGUGGAGCCAGAUAUCCUGUAAAAUCAGUCAAUUUCUGUCCCAGUUGUGGCGUUCCCCCGAUCCGGGCCUUCGGGUGA